AUGGAGGCUACCAGAGCCAUCUGCCUGAGGUCAUUGUCCAAACAGCGUUCCUCAUUUGCCCAGUUUGCGCAGGAAUCCCGCCGACUUCUGUCCUUCCUCCGCGGCCAGCAGCCUCAUCAGCCUUCCGUGCGGUCGACAGAAUAUUCGACACCCAAGCGCCAUCCCGAUAACCCAAGCAAUAGACACAGCACCUUAAGUAAAGAUGCGGAGAAGCACUUGAGUUCAAUCCUCGACCAUCCUCUUUUCCGAAUCGUUCCAGACAAGCCAUUGCCACGGAAGGGCCAACAAGAUAAUGUCCAAGAUACAGCAAAUGUGAAGAGGAAACUAUCAGAGAAUCCUCUAGGACUGUUGGACGAGUUGAUUGCAUCUGGACGAGCCGACCAUAAUACCCUAUCAAGCUGCCUUAAAGCCCACAGUUCGCUCCCCCACUUCUCGUCAAAACCAUCUGAUGCCAUUGAGUCAUCAGCAGUGGGCUCGAGGAUCGUUGCGUGGUAUUCCGCUGCGGAUUUGAAAUCAAGACUAUGUUUUUUUGGUAGCUGUGUUACCAUGUCUAUGGUCGUGCCGUAUAUGGUUGCUGGCCGGCUGCAAUACGUAAUUAUGGAUUGGGUAAAGAUGUUGUCUACCCCAAUAUCGCCUGACUUCGCCCGGGAACUGGCAAAUACCCUCUUACCCUCCCGCCGCCUCUGCUUAACGAACCUGCUGCAUGAAUUCGUCACCGCUGAGAUAAAGCAUGGUCAUGGCAUUCAAUCCGCCUUGAAAUACUUUAUUCAAACCUGUGAACUAUUACCUCCUGGCGAUAAAUUCUGGAACGGGAAGAGAAAUCCAUUUUGCGCCGCAUUGCGAAGCACAGGAUGCCAACUGGCCGCGUGGAUUUCUAGUCAUAACCAAACCCCCGAUGUUCAAGGGAUUCCGGUUGAGAUAUUUGAGGAAUUUUGCAGGCUCUCUGACCAUCUAUCCAAGGACACCUUUUUCUGGGGAGCAGGUUUACCCUUAUACCACCCAACCAAACCCGACGCCCAACCAGCAUUAUCUUAUCUCAAGCGCAUGUCCUUACAACCAGAAGUACAAAUCCGUCCCGGUAGACGGAAACACCUGUUGCGACUAUCGCUGGACGCCGCACAGCUGUUCCUCAAGCAGAAACAGUACUCAGAGGCAUCAUGGUUGCUGGCACAUGCCAAACAAUUUAUCGGGGAUGAACGUUUUGCAUCCGAGCAGUCAUCAGAGAGGUUUAAUCCACAAGCUACCUUGGCAUCCGGUCAGCUAUUGAAUGGAAUGUGUCUGCAAUGA